AUGGACACCGAACACAACAGAAGAGAGAGUAGCUAUGGAGAGGUCGUCGAUGCUCGCAGAGUGAUAGCAAAGCUCCAUUCGCUCGCCAUGGACCCAAGGAAUCGAUCUGUCAUUGCUAGAGACACGGGAUGCUUGCAGAACAUCAUUCGUAUGCUCGACUUCCCAGCAGACGACGUUGUGUACAAGGCCCUGGAGACCAUCUCCUACCUCUCUAGCCACUCUGUAGAGAACAGAGAGAUCCUUAGCUUGCAGGCUAGCCUCCUGAGCAAGCUGCACGACUUGUCGGAGAUGCACCCUACCGAAGAAGUCAACAGCCUUGCUGAGCACCUGUCGAAGCAGCUGAGCUCGAAGAAGGAUGCUGAGCUGUCAGAGAACCCUGUUGCCAAGAACACCAGCAUCUACGUGAAGCCCUCCCAAGAGUUCAUGAGCCCUGCAACGAAGAGCAUUCUGUCCAGGAACCCCAAGACGCUCAUGUUCAGGGUUGAAGGAUUGACCGGGCAAGAAGACACUGAGCGGUUGGAGCGAGCGAUCAUCAGGACAAAGGGUGUCAUCAGCGUGAGCCUCGACAACCUCGAGCUCGGCGAUAGAGCGAAAUGUCCUCCCGAAGACAUCGUCGCGGCAUGCGAGCAGCAGGAGUUCAACGCCUCCAUCUUUGACCCACAGCGGGAGGUGAAGAGCAAGCAGAAAGAAGUCUCCUCUCCUCCUAGCAAGGGAGAGACGGCGAGCGGGUACGAGACUCCUCUCAGCGAGCGAUCCACCCAGCAUGGCUCGCAAGAGUCUGAUAGCCCCAGAUAUCUCACUCCGCCCGACCUCAACGCUUGCGGCGACCGCGUCUUGAUUAGCAUGGAGGACAAGACCCUUGGCGAGAAGAAGAAAGAGCCCAAGGACGGCCUCUCUUGGAUCCAGAAGGUCGGAAGAGUUUUGUGGUGGUGA